CCAUAACCUUUCAUACAUCACUCAUUGUAUGUAAAAGUAUCGCCGGAAUUGUCUUAAUGUACGGUUAGGAAAAUACUGUUUGGUUAGUUUCGUGCUUCGUCAUCUUUUGGUUAAAAACCGGGGAAGCCGUUGGCUUGAUGCUGAGGCCGUACAUUCUUCUUCUUCAUGUAACAAAAUUCCAUUGGAGCUAUGGUUGCAGUCCGUCAAUUUGUCUUUUCUUUUUCACUGAUUCUGAGUAUUCGAUGUGUCUUUUCCGCUGAUUGAUGGAAAAAGCUACAGUUCUUUAGAGAAUCCAUUUCCCGUUUGCCGAUGGAAAGGUGGGGCCAGAUUCCAUCUCAACCCUCCAACUUUGUCAGUAUUCUUCAUCUUCGAGAACGGUGGCUCAAAGAAAAUGAGCGAAACCAGAAAGAGAAGGAAGAUUUGAAACAGCUUGACCAACAAGAACAGCAACAGAAGGUUCACCAGACGGAACCUGAGGAGAAGGACGAUCAGAAGCCGGUGGUUCGAAAGACUCGAAUCAAUGCUUCUUCUUGGAGCAGAAAUGGGAGUAGGAAGUUUCAGAGGUAUUAUCGAGCUGUGCCGGUGAGUAAUCCGCGCAAUGUGAACGAAACGUGCAAGAAGACUGAAGAUGAAGGCGAGCCUGAGUUGGCUGUUCCUAAAGUCGAGAGAGAUGAGAAGACGGAAAAGAAGUCUAAGAGGAAAGGUCGCAAGAAGAACCCUAGAGCACAGAAGGAAGAGAUAGAUAAAACGUCACCAACACCUGAGAAGAACUUGAAGGAGGAAACGAAAGAAUGCGAGAUUGAGGUGCAGAACGGGAAGAAAAAUGUUAGGGCAAGAAAAAUCGAUGAAAAGACGGAGACUGUGAGUCAAUGUGGACCUGAAAAAACUGGCUACACGCAUGAAAUGAAGGAGAUGGAAAACAAAUUAAGUCUCAUUUCAGUGAGUUUUGAAAUUAAAAGAGGGAGGAACAAUGGUGUUUACAGAGGCGGUAGUCAAGGCAAUCGGAACUUCAGAGAUCCUCGGAAUCUUGAUCGUUGGGGUCCCCGUAAACAGAGGGAUAUUGGAAUGAUUUGGGUGAGGAAAGAUGAGCUUUCAAAAGUUGCAUAGCAUAUAGUUUAUGAAUCACAAGAAGAUAGGUAAUCUGGUUAGGAAUCUAUUCAGAGUAAGAAGAGAACAGACAAAAAGUACAUUGUUGUUGUUCUUAUCUGGUGAAAAGCUUUGAAUGGAGGUUAACAAUAGUGGAUGGUGAUAUCUAGUAGAUGAAAGAUCAAUUACUUAACUAGAUAUUGUAUAGCACAUGAAAAAUCUGAUCAAAAGAACACACCCAUACCAUAAUUGUGAUUUAUGUUGAUGUUUGAACCAUUUUGGGUUGAGAGAUAUGGUCAGAAGUCUUGGGCAUUUGAUGGAAUUUUAUUGAGCAGAUUAUGGCUCAUUUAAAGCCGUUGUUUCUGACCCA